AUGCCGUAUGCAGCUUUUAGCAUCGACAUGAUAACUACAUUAGGCGACCGUUGUCGCUUUACGACAGUGCGCAAGGAUGUGCUCAACACCUCCAGCCCGCAGAAGUAUGUGGUAGGUCCCUCCCUGGACGAAAUUAGUGCCAUCCAAAGACACACUGAUGGCGCAUCACCGCCCUUUGCAGCAGCUGUGGCGGCAGUGUCGGAGGCAGGGGCCGGAAGUCCCAUGAGUUCGGCAGGCUCGAAGCAGCCCUUCGGCUUGCGGAGGUACACUUCCUCCAGUGUGCCUGCGGCACGGCAAGGUGGAGUUGUGGAGGGGACGCGCCAGCUGCGCAUCUUCCGCAACGGCUACGAUUGGACGGCCUUGGCCGCAACAACAUGGCGGCAGUGCCUUCUCGGCGGCCUCCUCGGACUGGGUGGGGCGGCUGCAGCUGCAUCGGCGCUGGCCACCUCGCCGCCCCUGGCCGCGGCCGUGGCUUGCGCGGGAUCCCUGGCCCCCUGUGCUGCGUUGUGGUGGGUGCCCCGCCAGAUGAGGAACAUUGCAGCCUGCUUUGUGGAGGAGAUGCUGGUUUUCAUCCCUUGGCCCGACAAGCCGAGCGCGAAGGACGAGGAGGACAGAAGGACGGCUACCGGACCAGCUGAAGGGCCGGCCUGCGCCGUCUCCAAAGAGACAGUGCGAGCUAGCAGCGAGCUCCUUGCUGCGAGACUCCGCUCCGUUGCAUCCGUGAGCCAUGCCUCACCGUGCUUGAGUCCAGCAAACCUAGAGGCCCAGCAAGCCAAGCCACUCCUGAGACGUGCCGGAUUUGUGGCAGAUAGCCGGCCCAGCUUUCGCCACUUAUGCAGCCUUCCGAUCUCAGAGGGUGGCCAGUCUCGAGUGGGGCGACGUGGGCCGCUGCAUAUCAAUCCGACUGAGGGCCUCUCGACAGAUCCGGCGCUGCUUGCAGCGCUGCUUCGGAGUCCGAAGGUGCUUGCGGCUGAGCACAUGGAAAGUCGCGAGACGGUCAGUUGCACCGAAGGGGAGCUCCUUCGCUGGCGGCUACCGGAGUCACUGGAUGAGCUCACUGAGGGGUUCCAGGAAUCUCCGCAGAAGCGCAUGGAAAGGCUGGGCCGGCGCUGUCUCCUCUUGGGUGCCGUCACUGCGCUGUGCGGCAUGCUCGCCAACCAGGACCCAGUGAACUCCCUCAUCCGCACGGCAGUGUCGCCGAAGUUGAUGCAGCUGAUUCCAGCAUCGUUGCUGGGCAUAGGUAUAGUUGAUGCACCUGCUGUCGCGAGCCUGGGAUCCGCUUUGGACGCUUUCCCGCCUGAGCCACUUUGCGCCUCUGUGAGUUGCAGCCAGCGGGCCCGGAAGAAUGGCAUCGGCCCGAGCCUUGCGAGGCAGAGGAUGUGGUUCCUCAAUGCUUUGACGAAGUUCAUUCCUGCCAGCGGUGUUGCGACCUGGGCAAAGGACCCUUGGGGGACAGCGUCUGCUGGGCAGGGUGGAUGGAUUUCAACCGGUGCUGUGGCGCGGCGUCGCGCCUGUGGGCAGGGUGUGGUUGGCAACGAGGACAUGAUCUCUGGGCACAUGAGUACUAUUCGCUCGAGCCGCCACGCCUCCACAGCGCAGCCCAAUGCCAGAACCGCUGUGAAGAGGAUUCUGGUUGUGGCGCGAGGGCUGCAAGUGAAUUUCAGCUUCUCGCGAAUUGGGCUUUCGGCCGGAUUUAACAUCGGGCUCUUCAUCGUUCGUGGCUGGACGUAUUUUCCAGAGAACUGGGAGCCGAUCGGCUGCAGGCUUCCGGCGGCAGCCAUUCUUGGCCUUCGCCGAGUCUGCGUUCUGAGAGCCACAACAGAUGCUCCAUGGUCACCUCACGCCGGAGUCAUUUAUGGAUUGCGCGACUGCGCAGAUCCAGUUGAAUGCCUACAUGUUGGCCGAGAUCGAGUGGGAGCGGACUUUGCUUUUUUGAAGGAAGUGCCCACUGCAGCCGCCUGCCGCCUACGGUGUCAAGCGACGGAGGAGUGCAGGGCUUUCAGCUAUUUUCCAGAUGGAUAUCUGGGAGACUCUGACCCGGGCUGCGUUCUGCCCGGUGCCGUCUUUUCGUGGUGGAAGACUCGGUGCCUCCUGAAGAUCCACAAGACUAAGCCAGGGCACACAGAGCAGUGGCUUGAAAUGGGCAACGUUGCCUCGGGCCAGCGGGGUUGCAGGCCUGCCAGGCCAUGGCAGAGGUGGGCCGCGACCAAGCAGCUGCAGGAUGAUCUCCUGGCAGUUGACGGCGACUACCGGCGAGAACGAUGCUCGCGCAGGCAACCUUGGCGCUUGGAGCUGGAUGCAGAGUACAUCGUGACGCGAGUGAUGCUGUGGACAGGCCAGCUAAACACACUCCCUUUUCGGGAGCCGCUCGUCUACGAGGUUACCCUCAUCGUGGGGGAGGAGGAACUUCUUUGUGGGUCCGCAGAUGAGAACUUGGGCGGCAACGCGGUUGUCGUGCACUGUGCCAGUGAGACGUCCAGGAAGCCCGCUACAGGUGUCAUGAUCCGCAGCAGUGCAGGGCCCGCCGAUGAGUUUGCGCUUUGUGAGGUGGAGCUGCAAGUAGCUCCGGUUCCAUGCGAUUUGCUGCUGCACAAGGGCUGGACCAUCCACGGUCGGGUGGUCUUCAUCUUUCCUCCGGCAGAAGCGAGCCGAGCUACGUUGACGGGGGCUGGCGAAGCCUGCGAGCGUAUGGGCGGAAGCAUGGGGCCUACCAGCACUCAUGUUCUGACCUGUGUGGUCCCAAGUUGCAACGCGCCUGCCCUGAGUUGCAUUGACCCAUCUUGGCCCUUGGUGAUGGAAGCCCAGAGCUUUCACCAGGAGCGACGGCGAGUUUUGCUGUGGAUUGCAGCUUGCUGCUAUAUGCUGGGCCGAGGCAGCGUCUUCGUCCCGCCACCACCACCGGGACCAUCCAAUGUCAACGCUUUGAGGGCAGCUGCUCCGCUGGGAGCGCUUGCUGUGCUGGCCCCAGCGGCUGCGCAUGCGGAGGCCGUCGAGGCAACCAUCGAGCCUCAAGACGCAAUCGUGCAGGCCUUCGCGCUGACCUUUGUGUCCGAAAUCGGGGACAAGACCUUUUUUAUCGCCGCAAUUUUGGCUGCUGGCAGCAGUGCCGCAGAUGGUCUGAGUCAGAAGGUCUUGACUUUUAUUGGGGCCAUCUGUGCUUUGGCCGUGAUGACGUUCAUUGCCGUGAGCAUCGGCCAGAUAUUUCACGCAGUGCCGGAUGCAGCCGGUGGUCUCCCCCUAGAUGACUAUGCUUCAAUCCUUGCGUUUGGCUACUUCGGUGUGAAGCUCCUGCUCGACGCAUCAACUAUGCCGGAUGAUGGUAGCAUCCUGGCAGAAGAGAAGGAAGAGGCAGAAGAGGCGGUCAACGAGUCCCUGCCAGAGUGGGUGACCAAGCUGGCGAUUCCUGCGCUAGUCGUCCAGGCCUUCAUCCUGGUCUUUGCCGCAGAGGUGGGCGACCGCUCCUUCAUCUCGGCCGCAGCCUUGAGUGCCCAGGGUGGGCCCGAAGGGGCUGCAGCCGUCUUCGUGGGGUCAAUUGCUGCCCAUGCCAUUGCCACCUUGCUUGCUGUGGCACUCGGUGAUCUGAUCAGCACGUACGUGUCAGAGAAGACGCUGACGUACAUAGGCGGUGGCCUUUUCCUUUUCUUCGCGGCGACAUCCACGGUGAAGGAACUAGUGUGCUAUGAAUCGCCCACCAGCUUCGGUGUCCACCACGCCCCAUAUCCAGCUGAGCAUUGGUCUCAGAUUGAACCUGGAGACCCUUUGGAUGAUGCCAAAGGCAUCAGGACCUCCAGUGAGAGGACCUAUUCGCUUCACGCCCAGGCUCUCCAGAAGCUGGUGACAAUGACCAAAUCAGCAAGUUCGAGCCGCGACACAGGCUCACGGGAGCAGGCAAGCGUGGCACUUCGUCAGCUCUUUGGCGCGAGUGGCCUCUCCUGGAAGUCAGGUGACCAGGACAUCAAUGAGAUGGACACCAAGCUCCAGGCACUGCUAGAGAAGAUCCUCGCGCAACGAGGAGAGCCAGUGGCUGCGACAUCGACACCUCCUGUCAGCUCAGAGAGCGUGGAGGAGCUGGUCGCGAAGCUGGGACCAGAGUCCCUGGAACCCAAGAAGCCCGAGCCGCCGAGGCGGCGCCUGGUGCUCACCGAGGAGGGUGGCAUGUUGGCUUCCGUCCGCGUUAAAGUCCUCGAGGCUUCCAAGGCGCUCAGGGCAAAAGACAAUACUGUCACUCAGCUGACGCAGAAGCUGAAGCAGUGCCGCAAAGAGGUGUGGGACUUGCAGUGUGAGGCCAAUGCAGCUGACUUGCGGGUUGCCCGCAUCCUCCAGCAGCAUGCCGAAACGCUCCCCGAGAAGUACAGAAAGGAGUUCGAGGAGUUGAAGGAAAAGGAGGAGGAGUUGGCCGAUGAGCUCGCUGUAGCCCGCGCCGAGGCACAGCGCUGGGCCUCUGUUGCAAAGCGGCAAGACGCCAUGCUUCAGCAGGAGCGCGAGGAGCAGCGAGGAGCAGAUGCCAAGAGCAUUCUAAUGAAACAUCCUGCAGGUGAGGUGUUCUGGAUGCCGGGUCCAGACAGCGACAGUGAGGAUGAUGCUGCUGCGAUUAUGAAGAUGCGGGGGCGAGCGGAAGAUGUGAACCUGGCAAGUAGCGACGAGGAAUCCGACCGGCCCACCCGAGCCGACCUCGCGAAGGCGAAGGCGCGCUUCGAGGCAGAGAGGCGACUCGAUGACUCAGAUUCGCCCAGCGACGAUUCCAUCGACGAGCCGGUCCGCCCCAUUCGGAUCGAGCAAGGAGCGCGUGAGGCCAAGCCGGAUAAGGAGGAAGCUCCAAAAGCUUUCAGCCCGCCAGCAAAGACCGUGCCGCCUUUGCCUGGCUUGUCGAGCCUACCGGCCAGACCUGGCUUCGAUGAUGCGGAAGAGGAUGUUGGGAGUUCCGGCGGCGACUGCGGGGACGGCCGCGUGAUUGCGCUGGCAGGCAGCCUGCGCACCUUCCAGAUGCCUGGAGGAGUUCGAUGCUGGAAUCGAGGAAGUAUAGAAUUGCGCCGCGCGGACCCCAAAGAGUUUAAGACCAUGAAGGGCAUUUUGGCAAGGCUGAUCAGGCUUUCCUCUUCCUGCCUCUGCCAGGAUGCCUUGCACCACUCGCAGGGCCGCAUGUUUGAGGCCACCGUCAUGAUUUACAACGGCGGGCACCCGGAUGUGGGAGGGUCGCAGAUGACCACGCACUGGUGCGCCCAGAACGGCUUCUGCCCAUCAGAGGUGUACAGUAUAAACUUCGGGCCCAUAAAGGUCCUUGGCCACCAGUGCCCCGUUGCUGCGGGAUGUGUGGGCAAAAGCUCGCGAUGCACAGCUGACCCGCUUCACGCCAUUUGGUACUACGUGCCUGGCAGGACACUUGGCCCGCUCCUGCGGGCCCAGUGGUCGCCGACACCACACCGAAUCCUCGAGCAAAAGAGCACCAAAGAGCUGUUUGAGGCAUGUGCUUCGCGCCAGGAGGAACAGUACUUUUACUCUGGCCUUGCGGAAGGUGCAGGUGGAAGGCUCCACGAAGACGUGCAAAGUCUCGUGGGCAGCUUUGCCGAUGCUGUGCGCGCCGUGGCAGCGAAAGGUCUCGAGGCCAAGGCAAAUGUUUGGAUUUCCUGCCCUUCAACCGGGGCAUCCACUCAUUACGACAUGGGGCACAACGUGGUGGUUCAGAUAUCUGGUACCAAAACCUUUGAACUGUUGCCUCCACGAUCUCUACAAACAUUGCCCAUACCCCCGACUGGACACCCGUAUGCACGGCAGGUGAUGAACGACGCAGGAUUCAACUUCUCAACGGUGAUGCUGGAGCCUGGAGAUGCGCUUUACCUACCUCCUCUAUGGGCUCAUCGCACGUCCUCGGGGGUUGAAGGUCCCUCCAUUUCGCUGAAUGUCUUCAUAGGUUCGGCGGCCGAGGACGUCUCCGAAGAGCUCUCGAAGCUUCCGCUGCCCUUCGAGGAGGACUGGCCGACCAGCGUCAUGCAUGCAUCGGUGGCCACGUACCUGCUGUCUUUCCUGACGGAGGCCGGUGUUGACCUCACACUCUUGGAAAGACGGUGGAGCCUGGUGGAACUCAAAGAGGAGCGCAGGGAGAUCAAGUGCGGGUCCUGUCCAACGGUGGACCGCGUUCGAGCACGAGGGAAGGAUGCAGCCUCUCGAGUGAAGGUGUUGCCAGUGGACCACCAGUUGCCCAUUGUGCUGGACUAUGCCGACGAUGUCAUGAUCGGCAUCCUCGACCCUUCUUUGGUGCCCGCAUUUCUGCACAAGCUGCCUGGUCACUCGGCUGGUGGCGCGACAUGGCCUUACUUGGGAGGUUCCGGCUCGGCGAGUUGGAUCCCGGUGUCUGCUGCACAGGCCUUGCAGCCGAAUUCCGAGAUCGAGUGCGGAACCCACUACCUCAGCAUAAGGCUUUCCAGUGAACGCGGUCCAUAUGGUUGGGAGGAUGUGCAGCUCGACUUCCUAGUUGCUGGCUUUGCCCGUUCAGGGACCCACUCACUUCGUGGCAACAUGAUGGAGCAUCCUCAGGUCAACUUCGCGGAGCUAGAGAUGACGUUCAACUGGGCAGCCUUGCCUCAGCAGGUGCAGGUGCGGCACUAUGCUUCCUUCUUCAAGGACGAAGAAGGAUCCAGGCAAAGCCUCAAGGGCGGCAAGGGUGAAGGACUGGCCUUGAGUCAGCGAGCGCUGAGGCUGGCCUCGAAGAUUCCGAACUUGCGAUUGGUUGUCAUGGUGCGUGAGCCUGUCGAGUGGCUGGAGUCCCUGUACAACCUGCGGAAGUUUUACCAGUGCCAGAAUCCCAGCGACUGCUCGGAAGUCCCCUCACUACAGGACGUGAUAUUCAACGGCGUGACCUUUGAAGAUGUCAAUGUUGAGGACGCGUUCUUGUCAAGGUCCUUGGAACACGUUGUGAAGUUCUUUCCCCCCUCAGCGGGCCGCUCUUUGCUGCUGGAGUUUGAGCUCCUGCGCCAUCGCCCGCGUGAGCUCUUCGACCAGCUCACGAGAUUCUUGGGAUCGAGCCUCGCAGCCAUGAGGAUCGGAGCUUGGAUGACAGUUGGGCUGCUGCCAUGCCCAGGCAUAGAACCCUUUCCCGCUGACUUCGAGCUGAAGCGGCACGCUGUCGAAGAUCGGCAGAGGUGA